GAGAUGCUAGUCCUCACCAUUGUUAUUUCCUCCAUUGCGGUAGCCAUGGCUCAGGACUGCUCCACACCUGCAGCCACCCGUGCGUCCUUUGGAUCUUACCUGCAGUGUAUCAAGGAAGGGCUCGACGCUGACUACGGUAAUUAUGAAAACGAAAUCCGUGAGCACUCCAAAAAAGCUGCCGCGACUUGCUUUGCUUCCACCAUCGAGGAGGGAAAUCAGAAGGAUCGUUGCGUGUUGGCUGCUAACGAUUUGUCUCAUAACGCUUGGGACAAGAACGGACCACUGAGAGAAUGCUCUAUCUGCAGAACCUUUGCUGCCGGAGCCAUCAAGGCUAUCAAGGCAACCCCAGCUGAAGAUCAAAAAUGUAUCAGAACUGAAGUUUCAAAGGCUAUCGCUCGUGAGGCCAACUAUUGCCUCCAAAAGAAAAUCGCUAACUUCGCUGGAGUUCCAGACAUUCCAGAUCUCGAGGAAGGAUCAUUCCAAUACAAAGACUCGGUCAUCUCCUCUAUCUCUGACCAUAUCCUUAUCCAGUCUCGUCUCUCUUUCUGCGGAGAACGCAAGCCACAACGUGCCGCAUCUACCCGUAACUGUCUUGCCAGUCCAUUUGUUGGAUAUUUGAGCGGACACUGCAAGGUUCUCGCCAAUUGUGAUGCUAAGUUUGUUGGACAAUGCGGACAAACCAUUCCAGCCACACGCAAGGCCACUUGCGAAUGCAUCACUGAAGCCAGAGACGAUUUGAAGAAGCGUAUUGGAUCCAUCGCCAAUGUCUUCAAUGAUCUUCUCUCCGGAGGACGUGGGCUUGCCAUCGGAUCUGCCAACAAGGUCGAUAUUUGUACAUCUCAAAUCAAGAAACAAAUGAUCACUCCAGUCAACGAUUGGGUCAAUGUUAUUGAUACUGCUCUUUCCUCAUGCAUCCGUAACAAGCCAGCUGGACAGAAUCUCGCAAUGGAGGCUCUUCUCAAUGUUGGAUGCCGUAAAGUUAUUGCUGAUACAACUGGAGCUGCUACCACUCAACUCAAGACAGGAUUCGACUUUGUCAACAAUCUUAUUGAUGCAAUGGUUCAGCGUAGUGGACGCUUCUGUGGUGGAAGUCAUUGCCUUCAGGGAUAGAUUGAUUCGAUUAAUUAUAAUUGUAUUACCUUCUUUUAAUUUAAAAACUUAUUUAUUAAUUUUUGAACGUGUAUCAGUUUCUCUUGUAUUGUUGAAUAAAUAAUAAGAGUUUCUUUAAAGA